UUUUUUUUCAAAAAAUUUAAGAUAUACAUUUUCUUCCACCUUUAUCUCACCUUACAUGUAUCAAAUAAUAAUACUAAUCAAAUAAGAUAAACCUCUUCUCCGUUGUCACACACACCUAUAAAUACAAUAAAUCUCCACCCGCACUCAUACCUACAAAACCCCCAUGGCGGAGCACCACCGUCCCCAUAAAAAGAUCACGACGGAGCUUCCAUCUGACAUCCUAUUCUGCAACAUACUACCAAGGCUGCCGGCUGAAUCUCUACACCGUUUCAGGUACGUUUCCAAGAAAUGGCACUCAAUCAUAAGUUCGCCUGAAUUUAUCAAUUCCCACCUCCACCACAUCACCAAAAACCACCGUCAAAACCACCACAAACUUCUCCUCUUAUCCACCACAACACCAUGCAACGUCCACACCAUCGAUUGUGAAUCACCUGAAAACGGCAUAUCCAAACGUAACUACGAUGAUAACUACGAUGAUCUAAUAUUAUGGAAUCCUUUAACUGGUGACUACAAGAAGUUGUCUAAAUCCCAUUCUCGUAAAGAAUGCUACUACGGGUUGUAUUACAGUGAUUCAUACGAUGACUACAGACUUCUAUGUGUAACCCUCCAUCACCAUGCUUAUAUAUACUCGUUGAAAUCAGAUUCAUGGAGAAAGCUCGAUUCUAAGACUAGUGAAUUGAAACGUAUAACUUGUCUGAUUUCAGAAAGUUGGGGGGAGAGUAUUGUACAGAAUGAAAAAGUGUAUUUUUUAAAACAAGGCAAGAGAAGAGCUUUAGGUCAUCUGUCUAAUUCGAUUAUAAGGUUUGACACGAAGACAGAGAAGUUCAGAAAGAUAGUAACUCCAUGUUUUGGAGUUGGAAGGAGAGAUUGUUUGAAUUUCACGCUUCUACAUAAUGAUAGAUAUGUUUACUUGUGUGUGAUAUAUAAAGAAAAUUCUGUAGAGUUGAGUGCCAAGUUGUGGAGAAUGGAUGGAGAUGGAGAUUGGACAGAGAUUAUAAGCUAUCCGAUUUUGCCGAGUUUGUAUUGCUUUCAGAAGCCUGUGCAUUUGAUGAGGAAUGGGAAUUGGGUGACAUAUUGUUUGCAUUCUGGAUGUCAUGUGUACAAACUGGAUCCGGAGAGACGUUUUAAUGAGAUGUCAUACUCAAAUUAUGAUGAUGAGUUUGAUAUUCCUUCAAGAGGGAAAUAUAUUGAGACUUUGGUGUCACCGAAUCGGUAGAUGAGACUUUUUUUUAACUUUGUCGUUGUUCUUGGUUAUUGCUGAUUCAUUGUUAUGAUCUAAGUUAUUCCCAAGAUUAUGCUAAUAUGUUCAUCUAUGUGACUUCUAAAAAUUGAAUUUUAGAUCCAUUAGAUCCUUUUUAUUUUGUUCACUAUAAUAUGGGCUAAAUGUAACAUAUAGCAAUAUGUGACUGUUAUAGCACCCAACUUCCAUUUCUUUCUAAUUCUGUUAGGGAAUUAUACUUACAAUAUUUUUUCUUAAUAAGUCAUUGU